CUCCGGUAAAAAGAACGACGAAAGAGGAAGGAAGUCGAAGUCGAGGACGAAGACUAGCCUAUAACAAAACACGUUCGUUCGUUCGUUCAUUCAUUCUUGUUGUGCGUGUCCUGUGUCUUGGUCUACCCUGUGGUUAUUACUCUCUCUCUCUCCCCCUCCGGCCCUUCUAGACGUCGUCCUUUCUGUGUUUGAGUUCUACUUCGACGAAGUUGUGGGGUUCAAAAUUCCUCAAUCGAUAUCACUCUCUCUCUCUUUCUCAUUCGUCUUUGAAGACUUCAUCGUCAGGCCUAGCAUCGUCAAGCUUCGAUCGAGUUGUAGGGUUUGGUUAGGCAGGGUUUUGAGCUUUAGAUAUGCAGAUUGCUGAUGCAGAAUAUAUAAGUAGACUUUGAAGGUUUCACUGCUUUAUCAGAGAAAAUGCUGGAGGGUACAAAGUUUACUGGAAUUAUAGGGCUGAACAAUAACCAUGAUAACUUUGAUAUUUCACAAAAUUUUUACCAUAAGCUUGGCGAGGAGUCCAAUAUGUCAAUUGACAGUUUUGGGAGCUUGCAAAUGAGCAAUGGUGGUGGGUCUGUUGCGAUGUCAAUAGAUAACAGCAGUGUUGGAUCGAAUGAUUCCCACACUCGCAUUUUGAACCACCAAGGGCUGAAGCGUGUCAACAACUACUCAGUUGCCCUGAGUGGUAAUCGGGGGAGAGUCCCGCAUUGUCUGAGUGAUGAUGCACUGGCUCAAGCUUUAAUGGACACUCGUUUCCUUACAGAAGGGCUUGAGAAUUUUGAUGAGUGGACAAUUGAUUUGAGGAAACUUAAUAUGGGAGCAGCAUUUGCGCAAGGGGCUUUUGGAAAACUCUAUAAAGGUACUUACAAUGGUGAGGAUGUUGCUAUCAAGCUUCUAGAGAGGCCAGAGCAUGACCCAGAGAGGGCACACUUGAUGGAGCAACAGUUUCAGCAGGAAGUUAUGAUGCUGGCAACAUUAAAGCAUCCAAACAUAGUUCGCUUUAUUGGUGCAUGUCGUAAACCCCUGGUGUGGUGUAUUAUAACUGAAUAUGCAAAGGGAGGUUCAGUUCGGCAGUUUUUGACUAAGAGGCAAAACCGAUCAGUGCCUUUGAAAUUGGCUGUAAAGCAGGCGUUGGAUGUCUCUAGGGGUAUGGAAUAUGUGCAUGGGCUUGGUUUGAUUCACCGGGACCUGAAAUCAGAUAAUCUUCUGAUUGCUGCAGACAAAUCAAUUAAGAUUGCGGAUUUUGGGGUUGCUCGAAUUGAGGUGCAGACUGAAGGAAUGACACCCGAAACAGGGACAUACCGCUGGAUGGCGCCGGAGAUGAUCCAGCACAGGCCCUACACACAGAAAGUUGAUGUUUAUAGCUUCGGGAUUGUUCUGUGGGAACUCAUCACAGGAAUGCUUCCCUUUCAGAACAUGACUGCUGUGCAGGCAGCAUUUGCGGUUGUCAACAAAGGGGUUCGUCCAAACAUCCCCAACGACUGCCUGCCGGUUCUUGGUGACAUCAUGAGCCGAUGCUGGGAUGCUAAUCCUGAUGUCAGGCCACCCUUUACUGAGGUUGUCAGAAUGCUCGAGGAUGCUGAGACUGAGAUCAUGACAACAGUCAGAAAGGCACGUUUCAGGUGCUGCAUGAGCCAACCUAUGACUGCGGAUUGAUGACAAAUAAGUGGAAGUUAUAAUUGGUUCAGAUAUUUACUGGAGAAAGGUUAAUGUCCUCCCCUUGGUUGUUAUAAUAGGUUUUUCUGCUCUAUUUCUCUUGGCAAAAGAAUUCAAAUAUACCGGCCUCAUGCUCUGGGAUCGUCUACUCCGCUGAUAUAAUGCUGUUUACAUGUUCAUAAUGCAGAAAAUCUUAGUUGAUCUGUAUGAAAAUAUUUACAUUUUACCAGCAUUGAAUGUGGCACGUUGCAUCUAAAGUUACCCAGUUGGUGAGAACAUAGUAGCACAAAGUAGUAGUUGUGUGAAAUAUUUUUUGUUGGGACAGCAUUCAAAACAUGCUUUGGAGGCUGGGAUUAAAUCUUUACACGGCAAUCAGUUGGCGUGAUCGAUGAUGUUUGCCAAUUAUAAGAGGCUUUGCCAUCUUCCUUGCACUACUCUCCUUUCCAGCUACAAAGCAAGUCCUGAUGUGUGUUUUUUGAUUCAAGUCAAACUUAAUUGAGACUUCAUUUUCCCUUGUUUGGCGAUUUUAUUCCCUUGGUGGGAAGAAAAACAGUAAGAAACCUGUUGGUUUCCAUGAUCAACUCA